AUGGCCAACCUACGUUCUUUCGAUGCCUUUCCAAAGGUUGCAUCCACGCACCAGGUGCGUUCCACUAAAGGUUCAUACUCCACGAUCAUGCUUGGGUUAUUUGUCCUAUUCUUGACAUAUGUGGAACUAGGGCAAUUCUUUGGCGGUGAGAUAGAUCAUCAGUUCAAAGUGGAUAACACGGUACAGAAAGACCUACGGAUAAAUAUGGAUAUCGUUGUUGCGAUGCCGUGUAAUUUCAUACAUACAAAUGUUAAAGAUUUAACAGAGGAUAGAUUCCUUGCUGGUGAAUUGUUGCAUUAUGAAGGGUUUUCAUUUUUCGUUCCGGAGGGAUAUAGACGUGAUGAUGAUUAUGAUGUUAGUACUCCUGAUUUAGAUAAGGUUAUGGCUGAGGGUAUCGUGGCAGAGUUUAGAGAUCGUGGUGAUGCUAAAGAUUCAGGUGCUCCAGCUUGUCAUAUUUAUGGUUCUAUCCCUGUGAAUAAAGUUCAAGGUGAUUUCCAUAUUACUGCUAAGGGGUAUGGGUAUAGAGAUCGUUCACAUGUGGGUAUUGAAAGUUUGAAUUUUAGUCAUGUUAUUAGUGAGUUUUCAUUUGGUGAAUUUUAUCCAUAUAUUCAUAAUCCUUUAGAUGCUACAGUGAAGUUGACUGAGGAGCAUUUACAAAGUUAUCAAUAUUAUUUGAAUGUUGUUCCUACUCAGUAUAAAAAAUUGGGUGUGGAAAUUGAUACAAAUCAAUAUAGUACUUCAUUAUUGAAAAAACAAUACACUUUAGAGAAGAAAGGUGUUCCUGGAAUUUUUUUCAAAUAUGAUUUUGAACCAAUUUCAUUAAUAGUGGAGGAUAAAAGAAUUCCAUUUGUAAGUUUCUUGGUUAGAUUGGCCACUAUAUAUGGUGGACUUAUAAUAGUUGCCAAAUAUUUGUACAAAACGUUUGAUAAGGUGUUGAUUUUGUUAUUUGGUAAGAAGUUCGCAGCAAGAGGUGAAGAAAAGAAAGCAUCGUUACUAGAUGAUUACGAUGAUGAUGAAGAAUGA